GAGACUUUUUACACAAAUGGAAGGUGCUGCAUUAUUGUAUGUCGCGACUUUACUGCAGUAUUGUAUGUGAUGCAUGACCCGGUUCCAGUUCCAUGUGGUGGCCAUACGCUUUCCGCGAAAAAAAAGCCGCACCAUUCUUCUGCGCAUUCAGUGAAAUUCAGAAGUAGCUUUUAUACGCGAGAUUCAGAAUAUCCUACGCGUUAUUGGAUUUUGUCACUUGAAACAUAUAGACGUAUCAGUUUUAAUUUUCCAGCUGCAUAUCACGUUAUUUAGUUUCUUCGUUCUGUGAAACGUAUUUCUGCAUUUAACCUUCGUUGGAAAUUACACGCCCAUAUGUCAAACUGAAGGUGUACUGGUCUGUCUUAUCACGUGGACCAGACCAUUCCCCAAACCAUAGCACUGCGCUUUCCACCCGUACUGGGAACAGGAAGGAAAAAGGACAUACACCUGCUCUUGUGGAAACACGAUCAACAAACGAUGUGUUAAAACGGAAAAGGACUGCAAGUUUACUUGUCACUUCGUAAAUCUGUUUAGGCAUCCUGUCUCGCGCUGAACAGAGAGGUCUCGCUCUCUCUCUCUCGCUGCGUUCGGUGCUGUCUCGAGCUGAACAGAGAGGUCUCUCUCUCUCGUCGCGUUCGGCGCCGUCUCGUAGUUUUCCUGUGGCUUUCCGCGUCCUUCGCUCUCUCCACGACGAGGCUUUUCGGAGACACGGCGUUGGAUUACAGCCGGCAAAGGGGAAAAGGAGAGACAAACGGAAGGAUAAACGCGAAGGAAACCUGUGCUGUGCUGGUUGAAAUGAGCCAAAUGAUAGUCUUUGAAACCGUCUGAAUGCGCUCACUGCGGAGGAGAUGCCGGGCUGGAAGAAGAACAUCCCCUCCUGUCUUCAGGCAGAGGAGGAAACAGAUGAGGGGCCGUACUCAAAAUCCGCCAGCCUCUCCAGGCCGUCAGACGGGGCACUGGCCGUCAGGAGACAGAGUAUCUCAGAAUUUUCCCGUGCGUUUCAGUUGUGUUGCCAAGAGGAGUUCCGGGGCUCCUGCAUGGUGGAGCUGAUGAAGAAGGAGGGCACCACGCUGGGGCUCACCGUCUCCGGCGGCAUCGACAAGGACGGCAAGCCCCGCGUGUCCAACCUGCGCCAGGGGGGCAUCGCCGCCAGGAGCGACCAGCUGAACGUAGGGGACUACAUUAAGUCGGUAAACGGGAUCAACCUGGCCAAAUUCCGCCACGACGAGAUCAUCAGCCUGCUGAAGAACGUGGGCGAGCGGGUGGUGCUGGAGGUGGAGUACGAGCUGCCGCCUGUCUCUCUCCAAGGCUCCGGGGUCGUGUUCAAAACGGUGGAGGUCACGCUGCACAAAGAGGGCAACUCCUUCGGCUUCGUCCUGCGAGGGGGGUCCCACGAGGACAGGAACAAGUCCCGCCCCGUCGUCAUAUCGACCGUCCGUCCAGGAGGCCCCGCGGACAGGGAAGGGACCAUCAAACCGGGGGACCGGGUGCUGAGCAUCGACGGGAUCCGGCUCCCCGGGGCCACGCACUCUGAGGCCAUGAGCAUCCUGAAGCAGUGCGGGCAGGAGGCCACGCUGCUCAUCGAGUACGACGUGUCCGUCAUGGAUUCGAUAGCCACGGCCUCUGGGCCUCUCCUGGUGGAGGUGGUGAAGUCCAUGGGGUCCAGCCUGGGUCUGGCGUUAUCUACCUCUGUGUACUGCAACAAGCAGGUCGUCAUCAUCGAGAAGGUCAAGCCCGCCAGCAUCGCCGACAGGUGCGGGGCGCUGCACGCUGGUGACCACAUCCUGUCGGUGGACGGCACCAGCAUGGAGUUCUGCACCCUGGCAGAGGCCACCCAGCUGCUGGCCAGCGCCUGUGAGCACGUCAAGAUGGAGAUCCUGCCCCACCACCAGACCCGGCUCGCCCUCAAGGGCUCCGAGCAAGUCAAGGUGCAGCGGAGCAACAGGCCGCUUCCCUGGGAGUCCUGCACCAACAGCAACAGCAACUUCCUCCCCUACCAGCACUAUAACACCUACCACCCCGACGCCCGGAGCCAGGCGUCCAAACACCAGAAAUCCUCUCCAAACAGCUUUACUCUGGGCUCUUCCUUCUCUCCGUCCUCCAUGAGCGCCUACAGCCUCAGCUCGCUCAACGUGAACACCCUGCCCCGCAACCUGUACCCCACCAGCCCCCGCGGCACCAUGAUGAGGAGGAAGCUGAAGAAGAAGGACCACAAGAGCUGCUUGUCCCUGGCGUCCAGCACCCUGGGCCUGUCCGGGCAGGUGGUCCACACCGAGACCACCCAGGUCACCCUGGUCAGCGACUCCAUCAUGGGCUUCGGCAUCCAGCUGCAGGGGGGGGUGUUCGCCACGGAGACGCUGAGCAACCCCCCGCUGAUCGCCUACAUGGACCCGGACAGUCCCGCGGAGAGGUGUGGGAUCCUUCAGAUCGGAGACCGCAUCCUGUCCAUCAACGGCAUCCCCACCGAAGACAGCACUCUGGAGGAGACCAAUCAGCUGCUGCGUGACUCCAGCAUCACCAGCAAGGUCACCAUGGAGAUUGAGUUUGACGUGGCAGAGUCCGUCAUCCCCAGCAGCGGAACCUUCCACGUUAAGCUGCCGAAGAAGCCAGGAGUUGAGCUGGGCAUCACCAUCAGCUCCCCGUCCAACAGGAAGCCGGGGGACGCGCUCAUUAUCUCAGACAUAAAGAAGGGCAGCGUGGCACACAGGACCGGUACCCUGGAGCUGGGGGACAAGCUCCUGGCCAUCGACAACAUCCGCCUGGACAACUGCUCCAUGGAGGAGGCCGUGCAGAUCCUCAACCAGUGCGAGGACCUGGUCAAGCUCAAGAUCCGCAAGGACGAGGACAACUCCGACGAACAGGAAGUCUCGGGCGCCAUCAUCUACACGGUGGAGCUGAAGCGCUAUGGCGGCCCGCUGGGCAUCACCAUCUCCGGCACGGAGGAGCCCUUCGACCCCAUCAUCAUCUCCAGCCUGACCAAGGGCGGCCUGGCAGAGAGGACCGGCGCCAUCCACGUUGGGGACCGGAUCCUGGCCAUCAACAGCAGCAGCCUGAAGGGCAAGCCGCUCAGCGAGGCCAUCCACCUGCUGCAGAUGGCGGGAGAGUCCGUCACGCUCAAGAUCAAGAAGCAGGGCGAGCUCGCGAGCCCCAAGCCGUCCUCUGGUUCGGGUCACAUGUCCGAGCUGAACGACAUGGAGGACGAGGGUCAGACGCUGCCGAAGCCGGGGAAGCUGCCGGACCUCUACGCCGCCGGCAUCGCCAGCGAGGACAGCACCGUGGAGUCCUGGGACUGCUCCUCCGCCAACGCUGCCGCCAGUAACCCGGUCCCGGGGUACCAGGCCUCGGGGUACAGCUUCCACAGCCACGAGUGGAGAAGCGCCAAGGCCCGGAGCAGCCCCUCGCCCGUCAGCGCCCUCCAGAGGAGCAGCAACGUCCUGCAGGACCUGGGCCUGAGCGACGAUGACUGGGACCGCCCCAUCGCCAGCGGAACCACAUCGCUACCCACCGGCUUUAUCACAGAUAGCAGGUUCACCGUGGGGCAUGAUGGGACUGAACCAGACCAGGAGGAGAACUUCUGGUCACAAGCGCUGGAGGACCUGGAGACCUGCGGCCAAUCCGGGAUCCUGAGGGAGCUGGAGGCCACCAUCAUGUCGGGCAGCAGCCUGAGUCUGAACCACGACCCCCCCGCGCCCCGCCCCCGCAGCCACCUGGGCCGGCAGUCCAGCUUCCAGGAGCGCAGCACCAGUCGCCCCCCCAGCGCCCCCGCCAGCCGCAGCAACACCCUGCCCAGCGACGUGGGCCGCAAGUCCUUCGCCAUGAGGAAGAUGAGGCAGGAGAUGAAGGACCUGCUGUCGCCCGUGCCCACGGAGCUGCACAAGGUGACGCUGUUCAAAGAGACGGACGUGGAGGACUUUGGGUUCAGCGUGUCCGACGGGCUCCUGGACAAGGGGGUCUACAUCAACAACAUCCGCCCCUGCGGACCGGCCGAGGUGGGCGGGCUCAAGGCCUUCGACAGACUGCUACAGGUGAACCACAUCCGGACCCGGGACUUCGACUCCUGCUUGGUGAUCCCGCUGAUCGCGGAGUCGGGGAACCAGCUGGACCUGGUGAUCAGCCGGGACCCCGUGGCACCCCCGCCCGCUGUAGAACUGUCCCAGCUCCCCACAGAGGCCCUGGUGGACUGGCCCGAGGCCGGAAACCAUGGCAACGGCCAGAUGAACUCCAGGCUAGUGGAACUGGAGGUCAGAGACUCCACCAAGACCUUAUAGCAGGGGGGGGUGUGUGCAGGCUGGAGCCGUGGGACAGGCACCCAAACACCCCCCCACCCCCCCCCCCUAAAACAAAACACCCCCACCCCAGGACUGUUCCCCAUGGUGCUAAUAUAAACCCUCUGGCACAGUUUCUCUGGGUAUAAUUGGGGGCUGGAGCACACUCACCAAAUUUACCCCCAAAACACCAGAGAACAAGCCAUGGUGAUGGAGAUCCCCCCCCUCCCCCUCCCCUUGAUGACCCAAUGAGACCCAUUUCCCGCCCACUUUCCUGUAAUGGUGUCGUCCCCCCCCCCCCCCCCCCCAGCCACCAUUCAGGAGAUGAAGAGCUGAGGAAGACCUCUGGGAGAAUCUACAAGGGAGGAACAAACAGUGCCAUCAUUAGUUAUUUCAUACGGCUGGACAAUAAUGCAAAUGUGAGAAUUAUCCAUUUGCAUAUGACGUUGGACUAAUCAUGCUUUGUGUGUGUCCGUGUGUGUGUGUGUGUGUGUGUGUGCGUUUGUCUGAUGUGCAGGAAUAUGGUACGGAUGUCACAAGACCUGAGAAAUCUUAAUUGGGAGAAAUGUGUCCUUCCCUUGCCCGUAAGGGACCGAGCAGGUGCAGCUAGCUGCUGGUGUGUAAGAGUACUGCUGCCAGCUCACCCCAGGAGAGCACACAGAGAGGGAUCCCUGUGAACGUAAACGAUUCCUGAUCCUGUCCCUUUUAGUAAUUUAGGAAAAACGAAAGCAGUCACCGGGAGGAAACGGCCCAGCACUUUCCCCACGAGUGAGUCUGUGUCCGUUAGUCUUUCCCAAGGCAUUCCCCAGAAUGCAAAGGCUUGGGAGGACAGCAUUUUACCGAGAACAAGGCUUCCGGAAGGAUGAGGUCCAAUUUAUACUUUUCCUUUGGCAUUACUUUACGAAGGAGUUGCCCGUCUGUCGCCCACUAAUGACAGAAAAGUACAGCACACGAUAAGCACAUUAUCACAAGGCAUGUUCAGCACUGGCAAUGAGGACGACCACACAGGCAGCCGGUUUUCAAGUUCCCUUCCGUUUAAAUUGGUCGGGCCAUUUCGGGUGAGUCGUCGUGGCCAGUAGUGCACAUUCAGCGAGGGGAGAGGGCAGUCGCAGGGAGAAAGAAAACGCCUCGCGAUCUGCAGCCGGAAAUCUCAAUCAUGUCGGGCGGUUAAUGUGCAAAAAAAAAAGAUGCUGAAAGAGGUUGUGAGUGCUGAUUAGGGAGGGGGGGUGGGUCUGUGAGUCUGUUUUCUGUGCAGGGGCUGGGGUUGAGGACGCUUGUGUUCUGACAGGGAGAAUCUGUCGCCGUUUCUUUCAGAUGCAAGUCGCAGGACGUAACACAGGAUGACACGUUUCUGAGCUGCGUUCCCUCCUUCUCAGCGAGUCAAACUUAAAUCCGUAACUGACGCUCACGAGAGGGCCUGUGGAUUACUGCGCUCGUGAGAAUACCUGCAGUACUUCACAGAUUCUCAUUCAGCCAGUGACGCUGACGUUUGAAGUGCGCUAGCGGUCAGAAGCUUUGUGGAAGGACGCGGGGGACACAGCUAACGGCUCGCGGUAGCACGUCAAACCCUGGGAUUGGAACUCAUUUUUAAUGCCGUCCUCGUUCCAGUCGAGCUUAGCAAAUGGUUUCUGUCAGGCUUACCUGUACAUGAACUCAGCAUACUGGCCAAAAGGGAAAAAAAGCUUGUGAUAAGCUUAUUAUGAAUAAGCGUGGCUUGUCCUAUUUCAUAGAGGCAUAUCUGACCGUGAGAUGCCUCUAUGCCUCAGCAUCACUGCAAUGCUUAAAAACCUAGCUUUCAGACUUCAUAAAAUUACACAACCUUGCAAUAAUUACUGCCAGGUUCGAUCAAUCUCUCAAAGCAGACUUUUUUUUUGGAUGCACAUAACUCCCAAACCUCAUAAGUAUGACUGGAAACACAUGACAUCAGAUGUGUGUAAAUAGCAACCUGAAACACAAGCCAACACGUAAUGUAAGGUAAUACUGCGUAUAUGUGUAUGCCUGGGAGGUGACCUGCAUUAAAAACCCAUCCAGUCCGGGUCCUGCUCUGGUCUGUUGCCUGUGAUGUUGUGGUCUGAUUCCACCCAUUUUUAAAUGCGUUACAUCUGACAAAUCUACCCAUAAGAGGGUUUAUCACAGGGUGGCAGAAUAAUGUAUGAUCAUUACAUUGGGCUAUUUUCCUUUUGAAAGGUGUGGGAAACGGAAGGAUUUUUUUUUUCUGGCUAUAUGUGAAGACAAUUGAAUUUGUAUUUCAGUUACAUCAUGAAAUGUAUUGAAUUGUGUGAAGCGAAUACACAGUUACACAAAUUACUUUCCAUACGGACUCCAUUUUUCCAGCACUGGAGAUGUGCUCGGGCCCUGCUUAAUGUAGGUUAAAUUUAUUAAAUAUUAUUACAUUUUCUCUGGUUACUCCUGACAGGGCAGGUGGCACUGGUACUUUUGCACCUUAUCCCAAGUUUGCAAAGAGCUCAGUUUUUAGGAAUAGACCAGAGAUUUGUGUGACAAUAAUGACAAUAUUUAUGCAAUGUGGACAAUGAUCUGGGGAGCUUGUGUGAUGUACUUUGGUGAAUUAAAAAAGAAAAGAAAAGAAAAGUGAGCCAUCUGUGUUAGUCUAGAAGACUUCAAAUGAAAAGUCAAAAUCAGUCCUUCAGGCUUCGAUUUUUCCUGCGAUGCACAAAAAUGGCACAUGCAGGAAAGAACGCAGCGUUCACGGGCAGCGGAAUCCCAGCAUGCACUGCACUGGAGGUCUGCUGCUUGGCUAGAAAUCUCAGGGUCCUUUCAGCAGAUCUGCAGGAUGCUGUGCGUCCAUCUUGUGACCUUGCGGUCGAGGUGUCAAGGUGCCAAGAGGAGAGGGGGGCAGCCUUACCCAAACCAACGAGGGGUCAGGGCGAAGGGCACGGGGAAGGCCCAUUACGUUGAGGGUCGAGUAGCUUCAUCUCAAAUGAAAACGAGGGAGGGUGUGGAAAACACACGUGAACCCUCGCUGAAUAUGGAGGUUGAGUUGACUUGAAACUGAUGCACUAAAAGUGCUGCCUGCUUCUCUUUAGAGAGGAAAAACAAAUCAAGUUUGUCUUUUUUUUUUUUUUUUUAAAUCAGGGGGACGAGGGGGUGACUGGAAAAGGGCAUGUAACGGACACUAAUUACCCAGAACACCCCUGUGUCUCAGAAGAUUUUCUAAUAGGACGUCUGUGCACAUGUUUAUUGUACUUCUUUCCCGAACAAUUGUGGUGAUCCCGAUCAACGUUCCCACUGAAAAUCAAGAAAUGAAAAACAAACCUCUGAUUCUUGUCACAAAAACUCUUUAAAAAAAAAAAACAACACAAGCAUGAACUAGUCAACCAGAACAUGAAAACCUAAAUCUAAACAUUUCUGCUUUUCUUCUUUCUACUUUUCCCCUGCUUUGAGUAAAUACGGUAUGGACAAUUAUGCUAAUCUAUGUGAAACUGGCGUUGUUUAAAAAAAAAAAAGAAAAAAAAAAGGUAUGUUUCUGUACGUUUCAUUGUGUUUCUGAGCCCCAAAAGGCUGUUAUACAAAUAUGGGUCAUUUGUAAAAUGGCACUUGUGUGUUUUCACUGGCAUUCAGGGUUGGGGAAAAUUUCUGAACUGUCAAAAAAAUUUAUUUGAAGCAUAAAAAUUAAACGUGAAUCUGGGAUAAUUUCACUCUUCGUACAGGUUUUUACAGCAGUAAAACACACAAAGGAAACAAAAAAUAAAACUAAUUUAAAACAAACACUCCAGCACAUUUGUGUAAAAUAGUGGCUUUCAGUGAGUGAUGUUAUCCUUGUUGUCAACACCCAUUCAUCUGCCCUCAUUGCAGACAGUAAAACCCGUAACGGAUCAACUGGAUCCCUUUCAUUAAAACCCGUAAAGGAUCAACUGGAUCCCUUUCAUUAAAACCCUGUAACGGAUCAACUGGAUCCCUUUCAUUAAAACCCGUAACGGAUCAACUGGAUCCCUUUCAUUAAAACCCGUAACGGAUCAACUGGAUCCCUCUCAUCCACACCUACUUUCAAGGGGACUGCUUCAAUUCAGAUCUGGGCCUCGUACGCACUAGCAUUAAAACCUGUUUCGAAAAACCAUUUCAGCUCCUCUAAACCUGACAAGUCCGCACUAUCAGGGGUUUGCAAAAAAAAAAAACAUUUUAGUUUAAAACCCCUCGGAGCAACGAUCGAAACCUUUUCUGAACUAAAACUGCUAGUGAGUAGGAGGCCUUGCAGAGGAAUGUGAUUAUUCCAUUUUUACCAUUUGAAGACACUUUAGUUGUGGUCCACUUUAGCUGCGAUGCGUUUAUUCCCACCUGUUUACAUUUAAGGUAAUUUGUCUUAUCUUAUUUACCCAGGACUACUCAUGAAUUGAUUACUUGCCAUUAGUUUACACACACAACUGCUGCUUUUUGCAUUUACUUUUUUUAACAAAUAAUUUAUUGAAGUAUUAACCAUUUACUGGUGGUGACAUGGCUUACAUAUCUGUACAACCAAAUGCACCUUAAUUUGUUAUCUAUAAGAUACGCAUUUCUACUGAGACAUUUCACUGGAUUUUAGCACUGCCAAUGAAACUAAGUACCAUAUAAAUUGUACAAUAAAGGUAAAAAUCAAUAUCACAUUCAAGUCCCUCAAAACUGUAUUUUUAUUUAUAAUGAACAAGUACUACAAACUGUAAAGUAUUUUUGUACAAAUUUAAUACUUUGGUAGCAUGAUCUUUAUGGUUGAUGUAAAACUUUGGGAAUUCCUACCAUUGUAAACCUUUGUAUGGAUAAGAAAUACACAAUAAAAGGUAUUAAGAGUGG